CACCUCUUUGGCGUAGAACUGCGGCACCCUUUGCUGGCAGCCAUGGCAGAAGCUGCAAAGAGCCCUAGCAAGGAAGACAGAGACGAAGAUGAGGAAGCUGAAGACGAAGAAGAGGAUGAAAACGAGAACGAGAACGAGGAAGGUGCCCAAACUGGUGAAAAAAAGAAGAAACAGAAGAAGAAGCCUGCCAAGACGGAAGGCACCGCUGGCUACCCUUCCACUGCAAAUGGCGAGGAGGAGAAGGAAGAUCCUGACCAGCAGCAGCACUUGCUCCAAAUGUUGCGCAAGCGUGGCCCAUGUGAGGAGUCACGCAGACAGACGGCGCGGGAGCACCUUUUUUGGGACACGCAGCCUGUGCCAUCGAUGGGCUCAGAGUAUGGCCAAGACAGUGGGCCUUUGGACGAGUUGCGCACAGUAGACGAUGUGCGUGCAGAGCCAUACCCUCUACCCGACAAGUUCGAAUGGUGCACUUGUAACGUGGAUGACGACAAAGAGAUCGAUGAAAUUUACACACUCUUGACUGAAAAUUAUGUGGAGGACGAUGACAGUAUGUUUCGGUUUGACUAUUCGAUCCACUUUCUGCGCUGGGCGUUGAAGCCACCCGAGUUCUUGAGGAGUUGGCAUUUGGGGGUUCGAGUGCAAGGUGGAGGAAAGCUUGUCGGAUUCAUUACCGGAAUCCCUGCCAAGAUUCGAGUGUUUGAGAAGUCCAUUCAGAUGGCGGAGAUCAAUUUCCUUUGUGUCCACAAGCGGCUGCGAUCCAAACGACUCGCGCCCGUGCUCAUCAAGGAGAUCACUCGCAGAGUAAACAGGGAAAAUGUAUGGCAAGCUGUGUAUACCGCUGGAGUUGUGCUUCCUAGACCCAUCAGCGAGUGCCGCUAUUGGCAUCGAUCUUUAAAUCCCAAGAAGCUCAUAGAGGUUGGCUUCUCACACUUGGGUGCGAGAAUGACCAUGGCACGAACGAUUAAACUCUACAAGGUUCCCGACAUGCCGCAGCUCCCUGGCAUGCGAGAGAUGAAGAAGGAGGAUGUGCCUCGAGUGCACGGCUUGGUGCUGAACUACUUGAGGAAGUUCACAUUGCACCCGGAGUUUACACCGGAGGAGGUGGAACAUUGGAUGCUGCCGCGGCCUGGUGUGGUGUACUGCUAUGUUCGUGAGAAUGAGAAGGGUGAAGUGACUGACGUGUGCUCCUUCUAUAGCUUGCCCUCCUCCAUCCUAGGCCAUGCCAAGCACAAUACUUUGAAGGCAGCCUAUUCAUAUUGGAACGUAGCUUCCACGGUGCCCUUGCAGGACCUGAUGUAUGACGCUCUCAUUUUGGCCAAGCAGCAGGAUUUUGAUGUCUUCAAUGCUCUGGACAUUAUGGAGAAUGAGUCAUUUUUGAAGGAGCUGAAAUUUGGGAUUGGUGACGGCUACUUGCAAUACUAUCUCUACAACUGGAAAUGUCCACGGAUUGAGCCAAGAGGCAUAGGGUUGGUCCUCCUAUGAUUGGCAUAGAGAUGAGAUGUAGAGAUCGACAAGAGGUAAUUGCUCAAGCCGGGUGUGCGGACAGCAACGACGCAGCUCUGCCCUUGUCUUCAGUGCUGUGAGCGGUGCAUGUCACCCCAAGUCUCUUUUUCCCCCAAAUUCAGUGGCACCAGUGGCAUGUGCUGAAGUCAAAGGCAACGCGGGUGACUCUGCUUCAUUGCAGAAGCAUCCUCAAGAACAAAGUUUGAUACAGGCCAUCGUUUAGUAGUCGUUUCCCCAGCCCCCAACCUUGGCUGGGCCAAAUAGGCUCACAGUUUGGGUGAAGCAUGAGUGGCUUCAGCAGCCUUGUGAUUUUGGAGACCUGCAUGAAUGAGAGACCGAGAUCUACGCCAAGUGAAAGGUCCGCUGAAGCAUGCGGUCAAUGAGUCAAGGGAAAUCAGAGUCAUUG